CAUUUCAACAUAUUUAUGUCUGUCACAAUUUUGGUUUUGGUCCUUUUGGGUAUCUUCCAAUAAUUUUGACAAGAUUGCAAGAUAUUUUGAAAUUUUUUUUAUUUGGCCUUCAAAGACCAUUUCAAGUUUCAGGUGCUAAAAUUAGUUUCAAGUGUAUAUAAUUUCAUCACAAUGGUUGUAGACAAGAGCCCGUUAUCGGGAACAGCACUGGAACAAUUUGUUAUAUUAGCAAAAACUGUAAAAGGAGCAGCCCGUACAGAAUUAAUAAAGCAGGUAUUAGAAGCUCCAGGUGUAUAUGUUUUUGGAGAAUUAUUAGAUAUGCCCAAUAUUUCCGAAUUAGCCAGUACUUCUGAAAAGAAAUAUUUUAAUACACUGGAAUUAUUUGCUUAUGGUACAUAUAAAGAUUAUUUAGCAAAUAACAACAAUUUACUUGAUUUAACACCAGCACAGAAGAAAAAGUUGCAACACCUUACAAUCGUAACAUUAGCAACAAAGUCAAAAUGUAUACCUUAUAAUACAUUACUUAUUGAACUAGAUAUUAAAAAUGUUAGAGAUUUAGAAGAUCUGAUAAUAGAAGCUAUAUAUGCAGAUAUUAUUCAUGGCAAGUUGGAUCAAAAGAAUAGUCAGUUGGAAGUGGAUUAUGCUAUAGGUAGAGAUAUUCGUGCCGAAGAUAUAAAUGUCAUAGUUAAUUGUUUACAAGAUUGGUGUUCAGCUUGUGAUGGAGUAUUGAGUUGUGUGGAAACCCAAAUUCAUAGGGCAAAUUCAGAAAAAACUCGAGCAAUGCAAAGGAAAUCAGAUAUCGAAAACGAGAUAGUUAAUAUUAAAAAGACUUUAAAGACACAAUUGCAAGAGAGAUCAGAUGGGGCUGAUGAAGUAAUGGCUACUGAUAGUAGAGAAGCAGCAUCUGUCGGUGACAAAGGAAAGAAGUCGCAGAAAAUCAAAGGCCUUAAAAUUCUUCGUUAACAUGAACUUAUUCCGAAGGUGAUAUAUGAGAAAUUGUCCAGAAGUCGUGAUGCAGAUACAUAAUUUUUCCCUAAUUGAAAAGCAUCGAUUUUUGGUUGUUUCUGGACAUUUUCCCAUAUAUCAACUUUGAAUAACAUUUUUAAAGCAAAUUAUUAAUAUUUUGUAAAUUUUUAAUUAAAGUAAUGUUUAAAUAUUA